CGCGCCGCAUUUUUAUUGGCUGCAUCGGUAAUCGGUCACGGUUCAUAGGUGCUCACUGAUUGGCCGGACUAAACCUCUGUCAAAACUUGGCAGAAAUGAUGCAAGGGCGGGGGAGGUUUCCCUGUGCCCAGGCAUGCAGCAAAGGGCCCAGAGGAUUGCAUCAGGCAGCCGGCGCCCGGCGCAGGCAAAUGGCACGGGGCAGCUGCAUCCACCAGUGGACACAGGGCAGCGGGCUUCAUUCAAACAGCGUGCGACCUACACGGGGUCGGGGUCAGGCUGGAGCACUGGCAGCGUCCAGCUGGCGAGGAGGCGGCGGCGGCGGCGGCGACGACGGCUGUUGGCCGUCUCUGCAGAGGCCUCUCGGGACACUGCCCGCCCCUGCAGUCCCCGAGGGUCACCCAGCGGCUCAGGGGUUGGUAGUGGACAGGCAGCUAGACUUGAGCGUGGCCCCUGGCGCCGGUCGGUCGACCCCUUGUGGGUCUCCUUCGCCCAUUGCGGCUGGCAUCAGGCUGGCCAAAGACAAGGGCAGCCGGUGCCAGAGGAUCCCCGGGGGGCAGCAGCGGUCCUCCGCCCACCGUUCUGGAGGUCAAUCCCACCUUCCGCAUUUCCUAUGACCGUGCCCAACCGCGAUGUGACCGGUCCGAGGCUACUCCACGGAGUGGCCUUUGGGUGUUGCACCUUUGCUCUAGCUCCGGCACUGCGGCAACUCCAUUGGAUUCUCCCUCCGCAUUCCACUCAGCUCGGGAGUAUCAAAGAAGCCUUCAUGGAGGAGGUGGCUGCAGACUUGGGCAUAGGAAGAUUUCAAGAUACGUAGAUUCCAGGCCUGGAUUACAGCUUGCCAAAAGGCAUUGGAUGCAGCUGACUGAGGGAUAAGGCCAGGAGCCGUUAAAUGAACAAACGUAGAAUUCUCACACCUCCCUUUUCCGCAGGACCUUCUGCCCGUGAGUGGGAGGAUGAACAGUCCAUUACAUCCCAGUUCUACUCUUGUCAUUGCUUGGGUGUCUCACUGCUAUGCUGAGCUUGCUUGUCACUGUUCCAAACGAGCUGAGCAGAAGCUCACCGUGGGUUAGAAAAAUGGAACUGAACUACAUCGGCGAACACCGCAUCCAGUGCCUUCUCCUGCCAUUUCUCUUGCGUAGAGCCCUGAAGCUACGGAAAUAUGCCGAAAUCGCCUAUACAGCAUUGGUGACGCAAACUGGAAAAUCAAACCAGGUAUCAGAAUUCCCAAGCCGCACGAGCCAACGAAUAUGUUUGCUCUUGGUCGGACACAUACAAUCUCCCUCUUCGAGACUGGAUAGAAGUUGUUCCCCGGGAGGGCUUUUCACCUGCACCCUGUGUCCUAGGACUCGGGCGAUGAGGGGUCCAGUGGGGCUGAGCCCCCAUGCCGCAGGAACAGAUGGGAGGGAGCCGCGAAGACAGGGCCCUGGGACAUCACUCAGUCCGUCCCGGGCCAUAGCUACCCCGGCACCAGACCAGACGGAGUCCAGCGCAGGCAGCAGCGCCCUCUGGCGCCAGACUCUGCAGAGUCCGUCCCGUCUAUCCCCACCCCCAAUUUCAUCCCCAGUCCCGAUCUCCCUCUGGAGAUAAGGGCUCCGCUUCUCUCAUACCCUUCUCAGCCCCAUAAAGGAGUCCCUCAGAACCCUGGCCAGGAUUUGGAGGGGUGGAGUCGGAGGUGGGAGGCGGGUGUAAGGCUGGACGGGGCUUGGGCCAGUCACCCCCCCCCCCCCGCCCCAGACAGGCUCCAGGAGGCGGGGGAGAAGCUGGCGAUUUAGGUUCCAGAGAAACUCGCGUCCUUCGACCGCUUCCCGCCCCGGGAAAUGAGCCGGGGUCGAGAGGCAGCAAACAGGAAACUGGACUGUAACAAUGAACACGGGUGGGGGCGACGUGGGGGGAGGGAGGAAGAAAGGAUGGAUGGAGCAAGGGCUCUUAGGAGGAGGGGGUGGGCCAGGAGCCCCCCCGGGCCCGCCUCCCCGGUGCCAGCCCCAGUGCCCGCCCUGGGCACUUCGAGGCACAGACUGUCCACUCUCCCCGCAGCUCCAGGGACUGAGCUUUGCUGGGCUGGGCCUGAGCGCAGCUGCUGCCCCGGCAGGUGUAGGGCUGACCCUGGACUCUGCAGGGCGCUCCUGAGCUCUUCCGGCCCCACAGGGUUUCAGUCUCGGGCCACCGUCCGGGCGCGCGCAGACUACAGGCUCUUUCUAGCCACACCACGCUGGGGCUCGAUCUUCUCGGGGGCGGGGGGAGGGAGGAGACCGCCCCGGGAAAGCAGUUCCGGGCCCUCCCAGCCUCAAACCUAUCCCCGGGAUAGAAAUAUAGUCAUAGUUCCCUGAGUGAAUCACUUCCAUUCCCAACACAGAACGCAUGAGACCACGUGGGGGGAGGGAAGGUGUGGGUAAGCUUUCCCUGGGGAUCAGCUGCUGGGAGGAAACCUCAGAGCCAGGCUUCCCUGAGGAGAAGAUUGCAGGGUCACAAAGAGGAGGUCAGGGAACUAUUCGGGCCUUGAUAGAGCAGGGCGUGGUCUUCUACAGGUUCCAUCCUUGUAAAGAGGGUUUUACGGGGGAGAUAGCAGUGGUUUAGCGGAUAGAGAGCUGCCUUUGGAAGGCGAAAGAUCUGCAUUCAAAUCCUCCCCUCUGGCCUAUAGUGUCUUUGUGAUCCUGUGCAAGUCACUAACCCUUUUAGUGCUUUAGGCAAUCUACAUUGAUAGAGUUUCCUUCAUACCCAUGGAAUUACAGGUCCAAGUAAUUUUUGUAAAGUGAAACGUCGAUUUUUGCACACAGGUAGAAGGAAGGGGCGGGUAGGGAGCAGGUGGACACAGUUUUUCAGUUUUCAGUAGCUCCCAUUGCCUCCAGUGACGGGGUGGGGGGGGUGAGGUGGGGAGAAGCAGGACCAGUGUGCAGGUCCACCUUUCUCCUUCACGGCCCUUAGGCUGAGCCUCACUGUGAUUCCAGCAGGAGAGAUCCCAGAGAAUUCUAGCCCUUGCAGGUAUCGCUUGAUCUGGAAGAUUCCCUACUGAAAAGCAAGGUUGGAUAUCAUGAAAAAGGUUCAGGGCUCCAAGUUUUAAGAAAUUCCAAAGCACACAAUUAUUCUGGGAAAUAACGGUUUAGGUUUGAGAAGAUGAUUCGCAAGGGAUUCUUAAAAGCAAUUCACAGUCUGUUUACAGCUCAGACUUGGCCUUGACACUUUUACACUUCGGACAUUUCUUAGGUUACCUCUCCACCUAGCCCAGGUUUGCAUGUCCUUAUGGAUGAGGGGAAGGACUUGGACCCAUAAGGAAUUCUACCUGGGAUUCUUCUACAGGAGCCAGUCCAUAUAAGUAGGAGGAAAUUCAAAUCCGGCAGAGAUUAUAUGAAGACAAUUCCCCUGCCCUUUGGCACAACUAGCUGUCAGCUGUGUGAAAAAAGGGGACUUUAUAAACCAUGGGUUUGAAGCUCCAAAAGAGGAACCCGACAAUUUCUCUCCCUUCCAUGAGAAGGGAGACAUUAUCCUUCUUUUGGCAUUAUCCAAGUUCUGAGCAGACACAAACAGAAGUACAGACAAACACACACACAAUCUAAGUCUGUACAGCCAGACAAAGCUUUGGGAGUCUCCCUUGGACCACAUGUGUAGUUGUAUACAUGUCUUCUGGGAGCAAUAUCCCAGAUGUAGGCAACCCUACUGGUCUCUAAUUUAGGUAGCCUGUCUCAAUGAAGCAUUUCAGUUUUUAUUAUGCGGACGUGCAGGGUUGCGGGUGUCCUACCUGUCCUCCCCCCACAUGGGAGCCUCGUCAUCUCUCCCCCAUGUCCUGGCUACAGCUUCCCCCACCCCCCAUGGCCCGGGAGCUGCUUUCCUGUUUCAUUUUGGGCAGGAAGAGUGAGGUCGUGUUGUUCUUCCCAUCACUGCCGCGCAGGCUGUGGGAACAGCACUUUGGCUGCUUUCCUGUUUGAUACUCUGUGUGUACAGCAGGACAGAGGGUGUAUAUCUCUGACUGUAUCUUCCAGUGGGUGUGUAUGUUUGUGUGUGCAUAUAUUAGUAUUAACCUGUCCAUAUACUUCAUACAAUCAGUACCUAGGUUAAUGUGUGCAUGUUAAGUGCCAUGUGGGAGUGUGAGCAGGUCCUGUGUUUGAUCCUGGUAUUUAAUUAGGAGCGAGGCAUCUGGUGGGUUUAUUUCGCUUUGCUGGGGACAGACUCUGAGCUCAGAGCAUCUGCUCAGCUUUUUGUCAAUGGUUUUUUGAGGCCCUUUUAAAAAAAAAAUCAUUCACUCCAGUGACUGCGCAGGGCUGGUAAGAACUAUAGUCCUAGGGAAACCAUCCCGAGUAAUGGCAAAAUAGAACUGAGUAGAGAUUGGAAACUCUCUCCCUCUCCAUUUCUUCAGCUGAAGAAACCACAUGCCAGUAGGGCUUGCUCUUUCUCGGUAUCCCACCCCCAAAUACCAUACCUCAUGCUAAUUGCUGCAAGCUAAUGUUUAUAGGGGUUAGGCUGGUGGUAGACUUUGGGUUCCUACCAUAAAGAGUACCAGCUGCAGCACUUUCCUCAAAGUUACCAGAUACUAGUACGGCUCAAAACUCCCAAGCUCCACCAGUAGCAACAAUAGCUAUCAUUUAUAUAGUGCUUUAAGGUUUGUAAAGAAUUUUACAAAUUCUUUUUGUUCAUUUGA